GGGAAUAAGUUUUGAUUUGGACCGGAGCCCUCGAGUAACUACAUGGAAGAACUACAUAGGCAUGUCGGUUUAAUACAUUGUAAAUCGAUACAUUUAUUGACAACUAAGCACCAAAAAUCGCGUCUCUGUCGCUCUGACUAAUGGAUUCGAAUUGUGCGCCAAGAACUUCCGGUGAACUAUCUGAAGUAUACGCGAGUCACGUGACGGGCAAACAUUUUUGACUUUCGCUGUCACGACUCUCAUUCGACGGCGCUGAUUUGGACAGGUGGCUCACCCUGCAGCAGUCAGGGCCUCCGGUGGCUUCACCGAGUGACUCGUCGCUUCCCUCCUGAAGAUGACUGACAGCCAUAUUCAUACCAAAGGCAGAUGCGUGUUGCAAGUGAAUGAAGAUGACUGACUUCCGCUGCCUAUAAGAUCUGUGCAAAGUCCAGGAGAUGUACAGUAAGAGAGGCCCUUCUCUAACAGACAGACGCACCAUGAGGCACGGAGGAGCAGAUUCCCCGAGCAGAUACGCCGCUGCAGAUCGAGGCGUGAGGCUCUACAGUUCCCUGCCCAUGCGCCCAAACCCUGACGGCAAGAGACUGCCCUCUACUGGGUUUGAUGGUGACAACAUGUACAUGAAUGAGAACAACCACGAGUUCCUCUCCCCAAACCAGAGCUACACAGGUCAGACUGGUGGCAGCGGCGGCGGCGGCGGAGGAAGCGGAGGUGGCGGCGGCAACAACAGUGGAAAUGGAGCCGGGGAUGAGGACUACGAGAUCCCCCCCAUCACUCCGCCGAACCACCCCGAGCCCCAUCUCCUGCACCUGAUGGAGCACGACUCUGCCGGCUACCUCUGCCACUCGCUGCAACACAACGGGCUCAUCAACCCGUAUUCCUACCCAGAGCUGCCCACACUCAUGAUGUCCAACAUGCUGGCGCAGGACGGCCACCUCGUUUCCAGCCAAAUGCCCUCGAUGCAGGAGAUGGCUUUGCACCACCACCACCACCACCAACACCACCAACACCACCAACACCACCAACACCACCACCACCAGCACCCCGACGGCGCUCAUUACGACCCUGCCCAUAACCACCCCCUGUUAAACCGCGCCCCCGCGAUACUGUCCAACCCCAUGAGAGCACUGUCCCAGCUAAACUCUCAGGUCAGCCGGAGCGCACUGCCUCACGGCUCCCCCUCACCUCCCGGAAGUAAAUCGGCCACACCCUCCCCCUCGAGCUCCAAUCAGGAAGAGGAGACUGAUCCUCAUGUGAAGAUCACGGGCGAGAAGCGGCCAUCUUCAGAGAUGAUGAAGCCCAAGCCCAAGCCCCAAAAGAAGAAGAAGAAGAAGGACCCCAAUGAGCCCACGAAGCCCGUGUCGGCCUACGCCUUGUUCUUCAGAGACACCCAGGCCGCCAUCAAGGGACAGAAUCCCAAUGCCACCUUCGGCGAUGUGUCCAAGAUAGUCGCCUCCAUGUGGGACGGACUGGGAGAGGAGCAGAAACAGAACUACAAGAGGAAAACAGAGGCUGCGAAGAAGGAGUACCUGAAAGCCCUGGCCGCCUACAGAGCCAGCCUGGUUUCCAAGACAUAUAACGACCCGGUGGAGGCGAAGAGUGCCCAAACCAGCCAGGCUUCUCCACACAUGAUGCCAGCCAACGCGCCCCUGUACAGCGUGCCACCUCCCCCGCAGUCGUCGUCACCCUACCUGGGGCCGGGCGCCUUCCCGCUCACCGACCUGCAGAGCUACGCGGGACACGCCCCCCGCCACGCCCUGUCGCAGACGCUCAGCCAAUCGCAGAUGCUGCCCAGCAUUAGUGCCUCUCCCCCUUCCUCCUUCCAGAUCAGCCCCCCGCUCCACCCCCACCAGCAGCUCUCCCUGCACCAGAGCUCGCUCCUCAACCAGCCCAUCCGCAUGCAGCAGGUCCAGUCCCACCAGAUGGGGCUGCAGGCCUCUCUCCACUCCCCACCUCCUGGGCAGCAGGGUUUCUCCCACCUCCAGUCAGAGUAUCAGAAGAGUAUUGGGGGUUCCCAGUCUCCAGGAGCCCCUGGCCCUGGUCCAGGCCCCGGAGUGGCUCAGGGCCACGACUGGGACAGUGAAUACUGCAAUCGGGAGUGUGGCAACCACUGCAGUGGCAGCAUGAUAGGCAGGGACAAGCCACUCUACCUCACCUGAAAACUGAAGAUCUCUGUCAACAAAUACGACACAGAGGAGUCUACUCUAACCCCACCACCACCACCCCCCCUCACCCCCUUGCCCCCUUAACCCUCUUCUGAUGCACACACAUCCAUACAUCCAUACAGUGCACACUUAGAUACAAUAACAUGCUAUUACAUACAAGCACACACACACACACACACACACACACACAUUCUGCCUCCCAAACACCAUCAUCACCACCAACACCUUUUUUCUUUUUGUCAAUGUAACUAUAAUUUGAUUUUCUCAGUUUCUAGAAGAAUUUGUGAGCAGAGUUUUUUGACUAGAUGACUACUGUCUGUACCACUUAAUGUAUUAGCAGUCCUCUUGCUGUUUAAAUUUGCCAAGCACUUAUUAAAGCCCCCCCCCCCCCCCCUCCUCUCCGAGUGGUGCGUCUGUGCCCGCUCUCCGAUACAGGCCGGGGCCGCUGAGCACUCCUCCUCCAUGUCAUCGUCAGAGUCCCCUCAGGGACCCCAUCCAGCUUUAAUUAGAAUGAGAAGGAAUGAAAAAGAAAAGAAACGUACUCCCCCUCUUCUUUAAUCAUUUUUAAUUUCCUUUUGUAUUUUUUACCCCCCUUUUUGUUGUUGUCAUUGUUGUUGUUGCUGUUGUUGCCGUUUUAUUUAUUUCUGGCUUGCGAAAUUGCUCCUGUUUUUGUUUUUUUUUUGCCAAUAAGCGUUGGGCCCUGUACUGUAGAGAAAUAUUAACUUCUAGUAGGUUCAGCACGGGCCUUGAUGUUAUGGUAGCUUUGCUGGAGGGCCUGCAAAUUAAUACAAAGAAAAAAGCUUGGGUGGGGAAGAGAAACAAAACAAAAAGAAUCUUUUUUUAAUAUUAAAGACCUGUUUCGGUCUGCUGAGCUGUCACAGUGUGAUUGUAAAUAUCACUUUUAUGGGAUCAGAUUGGGAAUUGGAAGUCCAGAUAGAUUUGUUUCUUCUUUAAUAUUACAUGUGAGUCAUCGUGUGUGUGUGAGUGCGUGAGUGUGUGUGUGUGUGUGCGUGCGUGUGUGCGUGUGUGUGUGUGUGUGUGUGUGUGUGUGAGUGCGUGUGUGCGUGUGUGCGUGUGCGUGUGUGCGUGUGUGUGUGUGUGCGUGCGUGCGUGGACGUUAGAAUGUACCCCAUUCGUAACGCGUGCAGUUCGACUGUGCACGCGUGGACGUGCGCAGACACACAGACGUGCGCGAGUGUUUCAGUGUGUCGAGACUUUUCUCGUGAAUUUUAACAGCCGAGUGCAGCUGGAUUUCAGAGGAGUAUUUCACACCCUCGUUCUUGCAUUAAAUCUGUGCUCACUGGUGUGUUUUUUUCCAAUAAAGUUCAAUCUAAAACUGAAUAUACAAUAUGUGUCCUGCAGAUCAUUAAAUGGAAAGAGCCAGGUGAGAGAUAGGGAGGAAGGACCAUAGAACGAGAGACAGAGAGGGGAAGAAGGAGAAAAAACGCUGGGAGAUAAAAUGAGAUAUAAUGCUGCAGGUGAACAAAAAAGAAAAAAAGAUACUGCCUCAAAAUGCCCCCCCCCUCCUUCCCUCCCUCUUCUUAUUUUGUCGGACCAUAAUGUCAAUUUUGUCUCCUCGACAUGCAGAGGUGAAGUAAUGGAACAUGUGAAUGGAGCCAUCUCAUCCACAUUACAGUGAUUUUUUUUUUUUUUUUUAAAGAAUAAGUUUCUAGUCGGUGUUUGGUUGUGUUGAUCUAAUCUUUCUAACUUUCGUGUGAUUAACAGAAAUGCAUUUUGCUGACAAACACAUCUGUUUCUAUCUCUCUUUACUGUAGCAUCAUUUCAUUUUUAGUUGUUACAGAACUAUAAGAUUAUAAGUUGUGUAAAAAAAGAAGAAAAAAACCUGCCAAUUGUAGUUAUUUUAUUUGUAAAGCCAGUAAUGAUAAAUAUUUUAAAUGGUUAUCAAUAUAUUGUUUUUUCCUCGCUAGUUGCCCAUCAGCCAUUUGACAGGUUUUCUUAUUUAUGAAAAGAAAUUAGAUCACUUUUGCUUCUUACAAUGGAGGUGUAUUUUUAUUCUUAUUUUAUUGUUUUGUUUCCUUUUGGUUUGAUAAAAAAAAAAGAAAGAAAAGAUGAUGAUGACCACAGUAAUGAUUAUUCCUUUAUUUUUUACAGUUUGGGUGCUGCUCCUUUCUUUCCAUGCAGCAGCAUCUGUUUGUGUCACAAUGCUUCUUUAAUUUCAAACCUGCAUAAUAAAAAAAAAAGUGGAAAAAGUGAGAAAAAAUAAAA